CAGGUGAAGCCCAGAGAAAGUUACCUGAAGAAGUACUGCAACCCGAAGAAGAGUCAGGGUCUCGAACUGCAGCACAUCAAACUGUACGGACGCCAGAUCCUGGAGGGCCUGAAGCUCCUCCACGAUGGCGGCAUGUUUUUCGGUCACCUGCAUGUGUCCAACGUCAUCGUGGAUGAGGGCGUGUGUCGCCUGAUAGAUGUAGAGAACGGCAUGCUGGGAGUUCCCUCAGCACUGCGACCCGCCUUCACUCAACUCAGGAAGAUCAAUAGCACAGAGAGCAUCGACGUCUUCUGUUUUGGACAUUUACUGUACGAGAUGACGUACGGCCGACCGCCAGACAGCGUCCCCGUCGAUGAAUUCCCCUCUGUCCCCUACACCACUGUGGUGUCAGUGCUGCAGUCCAUUCUCUCCACAGAAGCCUGUAAGAGCGGGAUGCCGACAGUGUCGGCGCUCAUGCAGACACCGUGAGUUCACCUGUCCUCGUCUGUGUCCUCGAUGUUUCAGUGUGACUGAUCGAUUUGAAGAGCACAUGCACAUUUAGCCGGCUAAUUCUGAAAAU